UUCCUCGGGCCAUCUUCCAAUCUUUCCCUCACUGAUGCCUGCAAGUUCGGCUCCAUCACCCUGUUGGACUGGGUGUGGGAUUCCAGCGCGCCAAGCCAGGACGCUCGGACACCAGGGUGGACGCUAUGCAACUUCUUGCGGUCCGAGCCGCUCUACUACCAGUGGCAGUUCCACAAGGCCACACAAAUCGCGGCAGCUCGA